AUGCUUCAAGCUUCUUCAGGAUCAGCUCGGUACAUUGGUCCUUCUGGAGCCAGCUGCUGCGAUGAUCUGUUCAGACAAUUUCGUCGCAGAUCAAUCAGAGUCCAAGCAUCAUUUUGCUUCGAGACAAAGUUCGAAAGGUUCGUGUCAGUCUCGGCAAUGCUGUCACAUCAAUACCAAUCUAGGAUUUUUCAGUACCCGAGCGCUGGUCCUCAAAAAUCCCUGGCCUUUCUUCAAGCAUGGGCCAUAAUUCAAAAGCAGCGUCAACGGUGUGUGGUUAAAGCCACGAUUGAUAACAGCAGUCUCCACGAGAAUGCACCAGAUGCCAUCUCCAGCCUUCGAUCAUCAACAAACUUCUCGAAAUCGACAUUCCGCCAGAGUGGGCGCCAGAGGAACUUGGAGGAAGGACAAACACCUAAACGCAAUACUCCUGCGGGCUCGAGAGUCUUUUCUCAUACCACAUCCGGCCUCGCACACAGUCCUCGAGGGAUUGACAACAUCAAAUGGCCUCUAUCAGUGCCAGUUCAAGACGCGAGCGUAUGGUCAGGCAUAUUGAAGGAACACACUCAGGCCCUUCCCAUCGGACUCACUUUGAAGGUCCCCGUAGACGAUGACAGAACUCCGAGAAGCAGCGAAAGAGCGAUAAGAAAGGCAAGACCUGAUACUUCAAGCAACCUCAGUCCGGUACUUCCCAAGCAAAAGCAGGCACAAGAGCGGAAGGCUACAUGGAACAGGCCGUCCGCCUCGGACCAUGGUCUGGUCACUGUCUUGCUCCCCUUCACUCGGCGCUGCUACAUCGAGCUGAGUCGCGAGCUGCAGACUUGGCCGAACAUGCAGGCUGAUCUCUCCUACACAUUAUUUAUUGGAGACCAACGGCCUGCAUUUCUAACCCACAGCCUACAUCAAACCUCCAAGCAAAAUGUACAUGUACCUCCCAAGACAACGAAGAAGGGUGCACUUCAGGAACAACACCAUGCCCCGAACCAGAAUGCCAUCUAUGACCAAACAUUGCGCUCUCUGACCGCAGCACUCUGCGCCUCCAAGCCAAGUAUCAGAAGUCCUCAGCAGCAUGGUCAAGACUCCACGAAUCGCCAGCCGCCAGUACUUCGCAAAAAGAAGACUGCGAAGGCACUCAAGAAAGAGUACAAAAUUGCUUCUGCGUCAGCUCGAGCUCAGCUCGCUCUGGCAAUCGUCAGCAUGAAUCUCCCUAUCUUCGAGGAGCUCGAGCUCACGCCACGUGGGGAGAGAAAGCGGAAGAGGCUUUACAGAGCAAUAAUCCGAGACAAGAAUCGCGACCUCCAGGACUUUCUCGAAGCGAAGAAAGCCAAGAAACGCAAGAGUACAAAGCUUCGUGCGGCGAGACUGGCCAAAUGGGACUUGCAGGAUCGUUUCUAUGUGAGUGAGACGGACUUCGAUGACGGAGCUUCGGAAGCUAGCGAUGAAUCGUGGUCUUCCCUAGGCUCAUUUGAUGAUGAUGGUGACGAUUAUGGAGAUGAUUAUGAUGAUGAUGACGGCUAUGAUAGCGGCAUGAGUGGCGGGCUGGGAGAUAUGGAUAGUCUUCAGGGCAGUGACGACCUGUCAGAUCCUGAUACCGACACAGAUGGCGGGAUUGGAGAGGCAGACGGUGCUCAGGACACUGACAAUCUGACGGAUCCUGACACUGAUGUUGUGCAUAGCACCUCUAUCGAGUGGCAGAACUGGUUGUACGUUACCAUGGAGAGCUUCUGGGACCAAAUAUCGAUGAUCCAAUUUGCUCCUGGCAUAUCAAGUCGGCUUUGUAGAGAAUCCUUCUUCGGACAAGCCAUCUUUGACUUGGUUUUUUUCCACUGCUCAUGUCAAAGCCUGAUCCUGUUGAUGACACUCCAAGCUGACGGAAUAUGGUCGUCUUUCGUGCCCGCCAUUGAAGGAUCAUCUCAGGCGUACCCCACAAAAUGGACUGAAUUUCGGCACGAUAUCGAAAUGUCGAAAGUCACGACAUGUUCAGCUCGCAAUGACCCAGCGUCCUUUCAACUCCAUUUCCAAGGUGCAAAAGUGCGCGAGCACCCUUUCGCAGGUCGCAUUGGAGGCAAUCAAGAGCUCUGCCUCGAUCCAGAUGACGAGGCUGUGAAGAAACAGCCAGAUGCCGCACCGAUAAUCUCCUUGUCCCAAUCUCUGGACCCGCCGGGAUUCUUGGUCUUUGAGUACUACAAGAUGGGAUUGAUCGAAGGGCCUGGGACCUGUCUGCUCGUCUUCGUAUCUGGUGCUGGCGCCAAUGCUCUUACUACAUUAGGAGAUUCCGUCUCGCCGAUGGCUAUAGCAUUAUAUGCUGCUCUCAUGAACUGGGUUGCACUGACAUUGUUCGUGUACACCACCGCACCUGCCUCCGGCGGACACCUCAAUCCCUCGAUCACCUUGGGAACACUGUUUGCAGGAUUGUCGAGCUUGCCAAGGAGUUUAAUUUACGUUGUGUCGCAGAGUGUUGGUGCCAUAGUAGGAGGAUUCUGGUUAAGGCUUGGGCUGGGGAAGAGCGGGUAUUUCCCUUCUGGCGUUGUGCCUGGUUGUACGGUCGAUCAGCAGCUUGUUUCGAGAGGUCAGCUCUUCGUGCUUGAAUAUGUCUUCGCACUGGCGCAGCUCUUUCUGGCCUUUGGGGUCGGCCUUGGACCCAGAAAUGCGAAGACGUAUGGUCCGGCAUUUGCGCCUGUGCUUGUCGGCCUCACGCUUGCACUGGGAACUUUGGCAAGUGCUUUUGUGAAAGAAGGAUAUUCUGGGAUCUGUAAGCAUCAUUCCCGACUCGUCUGUCUCACCUGUCAAAAAGCUGAUCGUGGAGACAUGCAGUACAACUACCUUCAUUGGUUCGCCACAUUGGCAGCCUGUAUGGUGCACGGCGUGUUCUACCAUACUGUGCCGCCAUACAAGAAGAGCAGCGGUAAAGCUCGACGUGAAGCACUGCCAUCAUUCAGCAUCAUGCAGGUGAAAAAAGCAAGAUUUGGUCCGAGUGUCAUUCUGGGGCGUGAUGGUGAGAAUGGCAGGGCCUUGAAACAUGACCAGGUGAGCAGUAGGAGUCCUGAUUGUAUGGACGAGGAUCUGAUCGUAGAAAUCUGGGAAGCUUCUCUAGACAUGACCGUGAGCUGCUUGCGCUGCACAUUUACUUCAAUGGUUCUCUGA